AUGAUCUCUUCCUCAAGACUAUCAUCAUCAGUCUAUCGACCAAGGCCGAUCAGAAGAGGCCCAUCCAGCAGACUGAUUUCUUCACCUACUACCAACUACACCUCCUUCGCUCCGCCAAUCCAUCCCAGAAUUACCCCCGUCUCAAGCACCCUCUCCCGACCUCCUUUUCCUGCGUCUUUUGUUCGCUUCGGCUCGUCUUUCAAUCCUUGGAAAAUGAACUCCGAUAUCGAGUAUCGCGAGCUCAAACCGAUCACCGAUAUGCCUAGCGACGAUGUAUUGCUAAUAGAUGUACGAGAAGAGAGCGAAGUGAUCCAAGGGAACAUCCCCUCCUCGGUGAACAUGCCGAUGUCGGUAUUCGAGAAGACGCUCGACAAGCAUCCCGACGAGUUCCUGCAGACCGUCGGCUUCCGCAAACCCCGGCCCGAGCAGAAGAUCGUCUUCUACUGUCGCUCCGGCGCCCGCUCGGCUAGGGCCCUCGACAUCGCUCGACUCAAAGGCUUCAAAAAUGUGAGGAAUUAUAAAGGCUCCUGGUUGGACUGGAUCGAUAAGGAAAACUCGGCCUGA